UUAGCACUUUGCAGCAAAUGUUUUUUAGGCCUCUAUGCAGCCACAUUACCGCCUGACUUGGCCCUUGCGCUGCUAAACUCUACACAUCACCAUCCUUAUUUCCCAGAGCCCAAAUCUUUACUUCCUGUGCAAGCUCCCCGAAUCUAUGCGCAAAAUGUUUCACUGUAUCAAUUUGCGAGUAGUCUCUUCUAUUGUUUUCCUUUCUUCACAGGCAUUGCGGUGAUCCACGGUGAGCAGAAGGAGUCCGAGUCAGACAUGGUCGAUGGCCGUUACUCUCCUCCGACGGUUCUCGUGUCUGGGCGCACUAUGGAGGUUGGCCUCGACAUCAUGCCUGUGCCUGCAGCAAAGGAGAAGCCACCAAUCUAUGUGGUGGGUGAUGUUGGUGGCCGCAUUGCCAUCAUGGUGGAUGACAUGGUGGAUGACGUGCAGUCCUUCGUGGUGGCUGCCGAAGUGUUGAAAGAGCGUGGUGCCUACAAGAUCUAUGUGCUGGCCACCCACGGACUCCUCUCUAGCGAUGCACCGCAGCUCAUCGAAAACUCUCCAAUCGACGAGGUGGUGGUGACCAACACGGUUCCGCACGAAGUGCAGAAGAUGCAGUGCCACAAGAUCAAGACGGUGGACAUUAGCGUGCUCCUGUCCGAGGCCAUCCGGCGCAUCCACCACAAGGAGUCCAUGUCUUACCUCUUCCGAAACGUCACGCUCGAGGACUGAGCACACCUGGGUGUCUGAUUUUCAGAUGGUGGGUUGUGUACAAAAGCCUUGCU